UAACGGGACAGGUUCAGCCGUGUCGGAUAGGAAUCAAAAAAGGGUUUGAUCCGAAACCAAUUCAUACUCUACCACUCCCCCGUUAGCCAGAAGAACAUCCACCACUCGCCAGCAUUCAUUACAAUUCUAGGGCUAAUUUCCCCCCGUUUUCCCUGUUAGCUCAGCUCCAAAUUCCGAAAGGGUGAACGAGAGCUCCUUUGAUUCUCUUGAUUUACGGAUCACAGAAACUUCAAUCAUCAAUAAUCUGUUAGAAAGGGAGAUAAAGUUAUGGAUGCGGAUAGAGGAGUUCACCCAGAUUGCAUAAAUGCAUCAAAUCCCUACCAUGAAUGCGUUGAGUACUGCUUCAGGAAGAUUGCUGAAGCCAAAGCUCGGUUUGCCGAAACCAACAAAGAAGUUACAGGAGUUGGUAAGAGCCAACCCAAGGUUGAUACAGCUGCUCCUGAUGAAAUCAAAGAAUCAUACAAGGAAGAAGUAGGAUUACACAAAGAUGAAGAAAGUGCUGAUGACCAUCCUGAAGAAGCUACUACGGAAGUCGAUUUGUCUAAUCUUACAGGGAGACAGAAGAAGUUGUUUGAAUUAAGACUUAAGAUGAAUGAAGCCAGAAAAGCCAAUCAAACAGCUAUGGUGGCAGAGAAGAAAAGGAUGGAAGCUCCUACUGAGUCUAGGGGAGUGUCCAAAGAAAAAUGGCUUGAAGAAAGGAAGAAAAAAGUUGGCAGACUUCUGGAAGCUAAUGGUUUGGAUAUGACAAAAGCAUACAUGCUGGAUACACAGGAUGCAGCUGAGCUUAAAUAUAAGAAAUGGGAGAAAGAUCCAGCUCCAUUUGGGUGGGAUGUUUUUAAUCAAAAAUCAUUGUACAAUGGAUACAAGAAGCGCACGAAAAAUAUAGAAGUUAACCUUGAAGAAUACAACAAGUUGAAGGCAGAGGACCCUGAGUUUUAUCGAGAGGCUUCAAGCCUCCAAUAUGGGAAGGAUCCAAAGACGUCUCAAGACAAGAUUGAUAGAAUGGUCAAGGAGCUAAAGGAUAGAGAUGAGAAGCGUAGCUCAUUUAGUAGGAGGAGGAAAUUCCGCGAAGAGAAGGAUGUUGACUCCAUCAAUGACCGUAAUGAGCACUUCAACAAGAAAAUUGAACGGGCAUUUGGGAAAUAUACAUUGGAGAUCAAAAACAAUCUGGAAAGGGGAACUGCAUUACCUGACUAAGAUGAAUAUAAAGAUUAUCCUAUGAGUCCACAUGCACGCACACAGAACACCAACAUCAAAAUAAGAAGGGGAAAAGAAGAACGGGAGAGAAAAGUUAAGAAAACCAGUUUUCAGUUAUUAUCCUUGAUAGGAUUUAUCAACUGGUUGAGCUUAACUGUCAAGAGUUCAAGACUGUACAUUGUCAUUGCUCAAAUAUCAUGACACAGAUUUUGCCCAAAAAAUAAAUUUUCUUUACGAGUCAAUUUUCAUUAGAGAUUGAAUAUUCAGGAGUACCCUGAUUCCCUGAACUUAUGGCUGGGGGAAGAGACUAGAGAGGAUGAAACUGAUGGGUUGAGGAGAGGGGUGUAAGAUUGGUUCGGUAAGUUGAGCAGGUGUAAGGUUGACGUUGUUACAAUUAUCUCCAUGUUUUUUUGCUGCUUGCCUCUUUUUUUCUAUGUAAAGUGAAAUUCUUUCUGCCUUUCUGGUAUAAGCCUGAGUACAAACAUGUCAUUGGUUUGGAAGAGGUAAGUUAAUGGCAAAUGAUAUUUUUUGCUAUUAAGACUGAAGGUCUUAGUUAAUCAGCAUAUGGACGAUAUGGUUCAAUCCUAAUCUGAAAUUAGCAUCCUUAAUGCAAAACUGUGAAGUAGAUGAUCUAUCACCAGUCAAGUAUGAUCCACCCUGUAUGCAAAAUAUCUGAUGAACAUUAGGCGGAAAAGCAAAUUUCAUUUUUUGUUAUA